AUGACGGACGGUAAAUACAUAAAUGAGGACCUGAAAAGGGAGCGGAAUAAUCCCCCUUUCGACUUGGAGGCCCUUGCCGUUGCUAUUUACGGAAAGGAAAUGUAUCCAAAGCUCAACAAACUCCACAGGCUCUUUGCAAAAAAUGAGAAUCUUGACCUCAGACACACCUGGUCGUGCGACAAUAAAACCAGGUACAUCCUUGCUUGUCGAAUAGCCGAGGAACUGGCCGAUCUAGCUCGCAAGCACAAUCUUUUGGACGACCCCGAGCUUGUGGGAGCAUUGCAAGUGAUGGUGGGAGAAGAAAUGUUCCUCCUGCUGCACCUAACCAUGUUUAUGUGCACCCUCGAGGCAAUGUGCAAUGAGGAACAGGCGAAGCAUUGGAUGCCUCUGGCCCGGGACUUCCGCAUACUGGGCACGUACGCACAAACGGAGCUGAGUCACGGUUCCAACGUGAGUCGGCUGGAGACGGAGGCUGUCUUUGACGAGGAAACCGACGAAUUUGUCCUCAACACGCCUUCCCUUACAGCUAGAAAGUGGUGGGUUGGUGGCCUCGCCAAAUCUUGCACCCAUUGCAUCCUCAUGGCCAGGCUCAAAAUUAAGGGCAAAGACUGGGGUGUCCAUCCCUUUAUUUUGCAGGUGCGGGACCUUAAUGACCACAAGUCGUUGCCUGGUGUAACUCUGCUGCAUAUCGGCCAAAAGAUAGGGUACCAGGGAGUGGACAACGGGAGUUUGCACUUAAAAAACGUGCGCAUACCUCGUAAGAAUCUGCUUAUGAGGUUCUGUGAGGUGGAUCGAGACGGCACAUACAGGACUACUCGCAGCAGGAAGCUCCUCUAUAGUACGCUUACCUUCACCCGAAAACAGAUCAUACGCUCGGCAGGAGCGCAUCUUUCGCGCAGCAUUGUUGUCGCAAUACGCUACUCAGCUGUGAGGAGACAGUUUGCGUCUCUCGGAGAUGCAGACGGUGCGGAACAGCAGGUACUAAAUUACAGCACCACCCAACGGACAUUGCUUCCCCUUUUGGGGAUGUCCAUAGCUUUCAUACAGACUGGACAAUGGACGGACGAACUCUACCGGGCAUUUAAGGUUGAAGCUGACAGGGACGUGUUCGAUAGGCUCGAAGAGGUGCACCUGGUGACAAGCUGUUUAAAGGCGUACAUGACGCUGGCAGCGGCUGAGGGUAUUGAACAAUGCAGGAGAGCCUGCGGUGGGCAUGGAUACCUCCAGGCCUCUGGGGUUUCCCUGCAUCUCGUCAGCUACCUCCCUCAAGUCACAUACGAGGGCGAUUUCGUCAUUUUGUCUUUGCAAGCGGGACGGCUGCUACUGAAAGUUGUGGGCAACAGAAUGGCAGGAAAUAUUCCCUCUGAAGCGCUGACCUCUUCUGUCCGGCACCUAUACACGUUUGACUUUGAUAGCAUCUCUGAAGUCGCUGUAGUAACCAGAGAAGACCUCUUGUCUUUCAAUUGGAUGAUCAAAGCAUUUGAAAAACGAGCCUCGGUCUUGGUGUACAUGACAGCGCAGCGCUUUUCAAGCUUAGGAGGCCCCUCGUCUGCAUCUGCGUUCGAAGCCAUAAAGGUGGACUUGACGAAAAUGACGGUGGCCCAUGCACAGCUACUAAUUGUGCGAAACUGCCUCUCCUCCCUCGAACGGCUGCAGCGAGAAGGACAACAAUCUGUACAACGAGUUCUAGAGUGUCUCUUCCGCUCUUUAGCACUGGCAUGGCUGGACGACCACCUCGCCGAGUUUCUGAUAGCUAAAGCUGCCAAUGUCGAAUCUCAUACACUCAUCAAGGAAACGCUGGCAGAUGCAUGCGCAGAGGCCAGAAAAACUGCAGUUCUCGUGGCGGACGCGUUCGGGCAUAGCGACAACUUCCUGAACUCAGCUCUUGGCCGGUACGACGGGGACGUAUAUCGCGCGUUGUUCGACUCUACAAAACUGGACAGCCUCAACCAGCAGGACGUAUCUGAGUCAUACAAACUCUACAUCCAAUACAUCUUACAUCCGGAAAGAAAGACGGCAAGGCCAAAGCUUUAG